CCUGGAAGCACUGUUUUGCCGGUGGCCCACAAAGAAUCUGAGUGCUCCAUGCUGUCCCCUCUCUGUCAGGACCAUGGCGGCUCGGUGGUGUGGCCCCAGACUCCGUCCUGCUCCUCCUCGUCUCAGGGCCUCCACCGGCCUCUGCGCUGCCACCCUCCCCCAAUCAGCGGGAGCAGCGUGGGCCCCAACCCCACCUACUAUCACGCCGUCUAUGACGUCCGGGUGGACCAGUACAGAGAGGUGCCCUUUAUCGGCGGAGGGGGUGGCUACGGGGUUCGCUCCGGCCGGGGCUCCACGUCCCUGGUUACCAGCAGCAAUGACCCCACGGUCCCGCCGAUCCGCCGGAGGGGAGGACUGGUGGACCACCGUGAUGUCAUCCUGGCCCACCAGGCGCACAAGCUGCACAACACGCCACAGGCCAGGAGGAAACAGUGGGAAAUGGCGCGUUUUGGAGACGAGCUACCCAACAGGUAUGGAGGAGGAGGAGGAGGUGGUGGUGGCGGUGGUGGCGGGGGUGCCGGCGGACAAGGGGGGCCCGGCCGCGGCGGCAGCAGGCAAGGGGGGCCCCCCGGAGCGCAGCGGAUGUACAAGCAGUCGAUGGCCCAGAGAGCCCGGACCAUGGCCCUGUACAACCCCAUACCCGUCCGGCAGAGCUGCCUAACGGUCAACCGCUCCCUCUUCCUCUUCAGCGAAGACAACGUGGUGAGGAAGUACGCCAAAAAGAUCACCGAAUGGCCUCCGUUUGAAUGGAUGAUCCUCACCACCAUCAUCGCAAACUGCAUCGUCCUGGCUCUGGAACAGCAUCUCCCUGAUGGAGACAAGACACCUCUGUCUGAGCGACUGGAGGAGACGGAGCCCUACUUCAUAGCCAUCUUCUGUUUUGAAUCGGGGAUCAAGAUCCUGGCCCUGGGUUUCGCGUUACACAAGGGCUCCUACCUGAGGAACGGCUGGAACGUCAUGGACUUUGUGGUCGUCCUCACCGGUAUUUUGUCCUCAGUGGGGUCUCAGCUCGACCUGAGGACGCUACGAGCCGUCAGAGUGCUACGACCACUGAAGCUGGUGUCUGGGAUUCCCAGCCUGCAGGUGGUGCUUAAGUCCAUUAUGAAGGCUAUGAUCCCCCUGCUGCAGAUUGGCCUGCUGUUGUUCGUCGCCAUCCUCAUGUUCGCCAUCAUCGGCCUGGAGUUCUACAUGGGAAAGUUCCACACUACCUGCUUCGACGAAGUCACGGGAGAGGUGGUGGAUGAAUUGCCAUGCGGCACACAGUUGCCGUCCAGGUUGUGUCCUAACGGCACAGUGUGUAAAGGCGGCUGGCUCGGACCAAACUACGGCAUCACUCAGUUCGACAACAUCCUGUUCGCCGUUCUCACCGUCUUCCAGUGCAUCACCAUGGAGGGAUGGACAGACAUGCUCUACUAUAGUAAUGAUGUGGAGGGCAGUGCCUGGAACUGGAUAUACUACAUCCCCCUCAUCAUCAUCGGCUCCUUCUUCAUGCUCAACCUGGUGCUGGGUGUACUCUCAGGUGAAUUUGCCAAAGAGAGAGAGCGAGUGGAGAACCGGAGCGAGUUCCUCAAGCUGAGGCGACAGCAGCAGAUUGAGAGGGAGCUCAACGGAUACCUGGAGUGGAUCUGCAAAGCAGAGGAGGUGAUUUUGGCUGAGGACGACGCCACAGGGAACUUUGAUGGCUCGAGGCGAAGGCCAACCAUCAAAACCAAAAACAACAAGACAGAGCUGCUGAACCCAGAGGAAGGAGAGGACAACAUGGGAGACGCAGUAGGUUUUGCUCGCUCCAGCAUAAAGAGCGGCAAGGAGGGCUCCGGUUACAGUAAGAAGGAGCGACGCCUGCGAUUCUUCAUCCGCAAGAUAGUGAAGACGCAGGCCUUCUAUUGGACGGUGCUCUGCCUGGUGGGCCUCAACACCAUAUGCGUGGCCGCGGUGCAUUACAACCAGCCUGAGCUGCUCUCUGACUUCCUGUUCUAUGCAGAGUUUAUCUUCCUGGGUUUGUUCAUGUCUGAGAUGCUGAUCAAGAUGUAUGGUCUGGGCAUCCAGCCCUACUUCCACUCCUCAUUCAACUGCUUCGACUGCGUGGUGAUCGUGGGCAGUAUCUUCGAGGUGGUGUGGGCCACCAUCAAACCAGGCACAUCCUUCGGGAUCAGCGUGUUACGAGCUCUGCGACUUCUCCGCAUCUUCAAAGUCACCAAGUACUGGGCUCCUCUUCGCAACCUGGUGGUUUCCCUGCUAAACUCCAUGAAGUCCAUCAUCAGUUUGCUCUUCCUCCUCUUCCUCUUCAUUGUGGUGUUUGCCCUGUUGGGGAUGCAGCUGUUUGGAGGACAAUUCAACUUUGAAGGUGGAACUCCUCCCACCAACUUUGACACUUUUGCAGCAGCUAUCAUGACAGUGUUUCAGAUCCUGACAGGCGAGGACUGGAACAUGGUGAUGUAUGACGGCAUCAAGUCCCAGGGAGGAGUGAACGACAAAGGGAUGGUCUUCUCCAUCUUCUUCAUCGUCCUCACACUCUUUGGCAACUACACUCUGCUAAAUGUCUUCUUGGCCAUCGCUGUCGACAAUCUGGCCAAUGCCCAGGAGCUCACCAAGGACGAGGAGGAACAGGAGGAAGCAGCCAAUCAGAAGACAGCUAUGCAGAAAGCUAAGGAAGUGGCAGAGGUCAGCCCUCUGUCGGCAGCCAACCUGUCUAUUGCUGCUAAGGAGCAGCAGAAGAACCACAUCAAGGGAAACAAGUCAGUGUGGGAGCAGAGAACGAGCGAGAUUCGCCGGCAGAACCUGAUGACGAGCCGCGAGGCGCUUUACAAUGAGCUGGAGCAGGAGGACUGGAAGGUGUCCUACCCACGUAAAGGACGUGGCCACCUGGAUCGCCCGCUCGUGGUCAACCCACAGGAUAACCGCAACAACAACACCAACAAGACCCAACCCGGUGAGCUGCCUCUGGACCAGGAGUACCAGCGCCAGGACAUGGAUCACUACCGCCGCGCCGCCUUCCAUCACUACCACCACCAUCAUCAGAAAGCCACUGGGCCUGACAGUGGAGGAACAGGCCAGCCAGGCGAGACCCGCAUGGAACAUGGCUUCAGCUGCACGUCUCUGGGCAACGUGGAGGUCCAGCAGGGGGAGGAGAGGCACAGCCACAGGAGCCACCGGGGCCACAGGCACAGGAACAGGGAAGGCAGGGAAGCUCGCAGUGUGUCCCCCCACCACAGUGAGGUGGGAGAGGGGAACAACGAGCACAGGAGGUCCAGACACCGCAGGGCAGCCAAGGACGGGGAGGAAGGCAGGAGACACAGAUCCAAGGGGACGGAGGGGGACGGACAGAAAGGCACGGAAGGGGAGGGACGGAAGACCAGACGGCAUCGCCAUGGCAACCAGGAGAGGAGCAGAGGGCAUCGCACCAGAAAGGAGUGCCACAGCACCUGUCCCACCCUGUCCACAACACGACCCAUACAGCAGUACAACGAGGACCUGGACAACUUCCGCAACAACAGCAAGCUGGCCAGCGCCCACGAGCACCCUUACGCCCUCCCACCGGAUCACCCUGAUCAUCCUGACCACGUCAACAACCUGCUGAACUGCCGCGACGCCGACACCCACACCCUGCUCCACAGCAUGGACAGCCUGAUCCUGACCAGCAUGGCCAAACCCGAGUACACGAAGAUCGACAUGCCGCCUGUCUACCCCUACCCCUCCACCAACGCCAUCCUGCAAGUGAACAAGAACGCCAACACCGACCAGAAGAAGAGUGAGGAGAAGAAGGAGGAGGAGGACGAGGGAGGAGAUGAAGACGGCCCCAAACCCAUGCCUCCCUACAGCUCCUGCUUCAUCAUGUCCACCACUAACCCGUUUCGGAAGUGCUGUCACUACAUCCUGACUCUGAAGUACUUUGAGUUCAGCAUCCUGUCUGUCAUCGCUAUGAGCAGCAUCGCCCUCGCUGCAGAGGACCCUGUCUGGCCUGACUCACCACGAAAUAAUGUGCUGCGUUAUUUUGACUACGUUUUCACAGGCGUCUUCACGUUUGAAAUGUUGAUCAAGAUGGUGGUGCUGGGAUUGUUUCUCCACCAGGGCUCCUACUUCCGCGACUUGUGGAACAUUCUGGACUUUAUUGUGGUUAGUGGUGCUCUGGUGGCCUUCGCCUUCACGGGGAGCAGCAAGGGCAAAGACAUCAGUACGAUCAAGUCCCUUCGUGUGCUGAGGGUGCUGCGUCCCCUGAAGACCAUCAAGCGACUCCCCAAGUUAAAGGCUGUGUUCGACUGUGUGGUCAACUCUCUGAAGAAUGUGCUGAACAUCUUGAUUGUCUACAUGCUCUUCAUGUUCAUCUUCGCCGUGGUGGCCGUGCAGCUUUUCAAGGGCCGGUUUUUCUACUGUACGGACGAAUCCAAAGAGUUUGAGCGCGACUGCAGGGGCGAGUACCUGGUGUAUGACAGAGAUGAGGUUAAAGCCCAGAAGCGGGAGUGGAAGAAGUACGAUUUCCACUACGACAAUGUGGCUUGGGCCCUGCUCACCCUCUUCACGGUCUCCACUGGAGAGGGGUGGCCGCAGGUGUUAAAGCACUCAGUGGACUCCACGUAUGAGAAUCAGGGCCCGAGCCCAGGUUACAGGAUGGAAAUGUCCAUCUUUUACGUGGUGUACUUCGUUGUCUUCCCCUUCUUCUUCGUAAACAUCUUUGUGGCUCUCAUCAUCAUCACCUUCCAGGAACAGGGGGAUAAGAUGAUGGAGGACUACAGUUUAGAAAAGAAUGAGAGAGCCUGUAUAGAUUUCGCCAUCAACACCAGACCUCUGACACGCCACAUGCCGAAGAACAAACUGAGCUUCCAGUAUCGCAUGUGGCAGUUUGUCGUGUCUCCGCCCUUUGAGUACAGCAUCAUGGCUCUGAUUGCGCUCAACACCAUCGUCCUUAUGAUGAAGUUUGACGGUGCAUCAGAAACGUACGAUGAAGUCCUGAAGAACCUCAACAUUGUGUUUACCACCUUCUUCUUCAUGGAAUCAAUCCUGAAGAUCAUUGCUUUUGGCCCUCUGAAUUACUUCAGAGACGCCUGGAACAUUUUUGAUUUUGUCUCCGUCCUUGGAAGCAUCACUGACAUAUUAGUGACGGAGCUUGGGAAUAACUUCAUCAACUUGAGCUUCCUGAGGCUCUUCAGAGCAGCUCGUCUCAUCAAGCUGCUGAGACAGGGAGAGACCAUCCGCAUCCUGUUGUGGACCUUCGUCCAGUCCUUCAAGGCUCUGCCAUACGUGUGCCUGCUCAUCGCUAUGCUCUUCUUCAUCUAUGCCAUCAUUGGCAUGCAGCUCUUUGGGAAUCUGGCACUAGAUGAGGAGAGAGAAGGCGCCAUCAACGAGCACAAUAACUUCAGGACCUUCAUCAUGGCCCUAAUGCUGCUCUUCAGGAGCGCUACAGGUGAGGCGUGGCACGAAAUCAUGUUGGCUUGCCUGGGAGGUAAAGAAUGCGACCCGGCCUCAGGGAACACAGGACCCGAAUGCGGCAGCACCUUCGCCUACACCUACUUUGUCUCCUUCAUCUUCCUCUGCUCUUUCCUGAUGUUGAAUCUGUUCGUGGCCGUCAUCAUGGACAACUUUGAGUACCUGACCAGAGACUCUUCCAUCCUGGGGCCACAUCACCUAGACGAGUAUGUAAGGAUAUGGGCUGAGUACGACCCUGCCGCCUGCGGCCGGAUCAGUUACACAGACAUGUAUCAGAUGCUAAGACACAUGUGUCCGCCGCUAGGCCUCGGGAAGAGGUGUCCCGCCCGGGUCGCCUAUAAGAGGCUGCUGCGUAUGGAUCUGCCGGUCGCCGAUGACAACACGGUGCAUUUUAACUCGACCCUCAUGGCUCUGAUCAGGACAGCACUGGAUAUAAAGAUUGCCAAGGGCGGUGCAGACAAGCACCAGAUGGAUGCAGAGCUGAGAAAGGAGAUGAUGGCUAUUUGGCCGAACUUAUCGCAGAAGACAUUGGACCUUCUGGUUACACCGCACAAGGCCACAGACUUGACGGUGGGCAAAAUCUACGCCGCCAUGAUGAUCAUGGAAUACUACCGACAGAGCAAGACGAAAAAGCUGCAGGCCCUGCGAGAGGAACAGAACCGAACGCCAUUAAUGUUUCAGCGCAUGGAGCCGCCCUCCGAGGGAGGGGGCACGGACGGCCAGGGGGGCCAAGGCCUGAACGGCCUCCCCACCACCCAGCCGGACAACCUCAACAGCAUACCUCCUGAGGGUGGCAUGACUGAGAGCCAGUCGUGGGUGACGGCCAAGGCCCAGGAAAUGUUCCAAAGGACGGGCAACUGGAGCCCCGACAGACCCUACCCCGACGAUCCCCAUGACAACCGUCACAACCCGCAGACGGUAGAGAUGAGGGAUAUGGGGCGGGACGGGUACUCCGACACUGAGCCCUAUCACCCAAUGGAUGGGCACGGGCGGACCCUCUCCAUGCCCCGCCUCUCAGCAGACAACCAAAGGAGGAGACACAGGCCUCGCGGAAAUAACCUCAGUACCAUCACGGACACCAGUCCGAUGCGUCGCUCCACCUCCAGCCUGGUCCAUGGGCGCACGGGCCGGGGCGUGAGGCUGGAUGACUACUCCCUGGAGAGGGUGGUGUCAGAGGAGGGCAGACACGGAGGAGGACGAAGACACAGGGACAGGAGUCACCGUACUUCACAGCGCUCCCUCACCAGAUACACCGACGCAGACACGGGCCUGGGCACAGACCUCAGCACCACCACGCAAUCGGGCGACCUUCCACCCAAGGAGCGCGAGCGGGACCGCGGCCGCACCAAGGACCGUCGCCACCACCAUCACCACCAUCACCAUCACAGCUCCAUGGACAAGGACCACUACGGGCCUGACCGCCAUGAUUACCCCCACAGGCAUCCCCAUGACCGCCACUGGUCCCGUUCACCCAGCGAGGGGCCUGAUGGACGAGGACACAGACAGGGCAGUAGUUCGGUGAGCGGCAGCCCGGUCCCCUCCACCUCGGGGACAAGCACUCCGCGGAGAGGCCGUCGGCAGCUGCCCCAGACCCCUGCUGUCCCCCGUCCACAUGUCACCUACUCCCCCGCUGUCCGCAAGCCCAGCUAUGGUCCACCAGGGCCGGGCCGCCUGCGCUCGCCCUCCCCAAGACACUUCUCUCCACCAGACCAUGAUAGGGGCUACCACCACCGACCCCCAUCACGCCACGCCUCACCACACCACGGGGGCUCCUCGUCCAGACACGGUUCGCCACGCUCUCCUCGCCACCAGUCCCCGCGCUCGCCCCUUCACGGCUCACCUAGGUCCCCUCACCGAGGCCGCUGGAGCGGGCCUCCUCCUGGGGACAGCCUGGAGGGCGACGGGCCCUUCUACGAGCGUGACUAUGAGUAUGAGCGGCACCAUGAGCCCCCUGCCUAUGAGCAAAGCCUCUCUCAUGGCAACCCACACCCACAUGGGGGAAAUCCUCAUCCUCACCCACGCUCACCUAGGACUGCCCGCCACGGGCCCCCUCCACCCCCGCACCCACAUCCACGUAGGGUGCCCAAUGGCUACCGCUCAUCCUCACCUUCUCCACAUCGGCGGGGCCCUCCUGGGGCACCACCCCAUCCGCACCAUCGGCCCCCACAUGCCCGAGGGCCCCGCAAGGGCCUGCAUGAACCUUAUAGUGAGACGGACGAGGAUGACUGGUGCUAGCGACCACUGGGAGCAAGGGAUAAGGGCAGGAGAGGAGAAGAAGAAUAGCAGCCUCCAGGCUCUGGCCUUGUAGACUUUUAAUAAAGCAUUGGUGGCGAAAAUGUUGGUGGUGGGGGGGGUGGAACGCCCUCCAAACCUUCACGCCUCGGACUCUAAAUGAGCGGGAAGGGUGGUGGGGAGAGGAACGAAGGUGCUGCAAAAUAGCCUUUUACAAAUUUUGUUUAAGACUCAGAAUCAGUGACAGAGCAGCACAUGGAUAACUUGAAAAAGAGACUGCCAAGACCACUGGGCAAGGCCUGGACACAGUUUACCUCUGCCGCUCUCAGUCUCAGAACUACACUACAGAAUGCUAUGCUUGACCAGCAAGGCCAGGCUGCAGGAGGAGGAGAGGUGCAAGCAUGGGAGGAGCAUGUAAAAUGGGCGAGGAUGAUCGCCACUCACGAGGCCUGAAAGUACUUCUCCCAGACUUUGGCGUGCCUGGACGGUCUCGUCAGAUGUGUGCUCGCCAGUCUGCAGUCUAAUGUAAUAGCCUAAAAAUGAGCAGCAACACAGAGUCCACUGCUUUGAUUCUGCUCCUUGAACAGAAAUGUUUAAAGAAAAAUAAAUUAACAAAAAGCCAGGACCCCCUAACCCUUACAAGCCAAGCUAUGCCUCCAGAAAAUCAAACUUGAACAAUGAAGAACAAAAUGAAACUUUACGUGACAAACAGUGAAAAGAAAAAAAAAGGGAGAAAAACCACUUUAUCUUUAAUCUUUUUCCUUUCCAAGGGACAGAACCAGGAAGCUCCGCCUAUACUGCAAAAACCAGCCAAUCACAGUGCUGGCUGAUAUUUGAUGAGUUUUAUCAUCUCUGUUUACUGUUAAAGACUCAAUGCUGACAGGACUGGUGUGACAUCAAUUCCUGUCUGGCGGUGGUGGUCCGAGUGCGCUGUGCAGGGUGGGGCUGAGCUCAGGUAACUUGAGAAGGAAGUCGGACACUUCGUCAAGCCCCUUCCUCCUCAGUUACUCGACGCAGCGCAAGGCAAGGGAUGACCUGACAGGAAAUGACAUCACACGGUUGAAUGGGGCGGAGGAGAGGAAAGGAGGGAUGGGGAAAAAGACUAAUUUCUUCAGUAUUUCUUCUAUCGAUUACUUCUCCUUCUUGUUCUUGUUCGGACAUUGGAGCUUGGUUCUUCUGUUGCAUUCGCUCAGCCUCCUUUGAUCUUUUUCGGAGUCCAAAAUUUGAUGGAAACCUGCAUGAUUGAUUAAAUACAUACUAGAGAGGAAAUCUUAACUGGUGCGGGUGGGACCUGGGGGCUUUAUAGGAAACUUUGCAUUUAGGUUUACAAAAGAAGUUCCCUUCUUUCAGGCUCUCUCUCUCUCUCUCUCUCAGACAGACACACACACACACACACACACACACACACGUCUCAAAUGUAAUCUACUUUUUACCCGAAACAGGUCGGCUACUUUGUUUGUCUCCGCCGACACGGUUCAAAAGCUACGUUUCUACAACCUAUUAGAAGACAGGAAACGCUGCAGGAUCACAUUAUACUUUCCUGUCAUGCUUGAGAAACAAGAGGGAGAACGAGUGGAGAGAAGCGGACUUCUACCACACUUGAUUUAUUUAUUGUUAAUGAUGAUAGUCUCAUGAAUAAUGAUAUCAAUGUCAAUGCAAAAUGACGAUGACAGUGAUGAUAAUGAUACUGAUGAUUGAUUGAUAGAACUGUUUCUGUAGAUUUGUUGUCAUGUUAUUUGGAGUUUAAGUAUGCUAUGUCCAUCUUGUUGACAUCCAUUAUGUUUUGAUCUCCCCCACCCUCACCCUCCCCCGUUCAAUGACGUUUACCGGGUUCCUGAGGCCUUCCUGCAACAUUUUGGGGUAACAACGGCUUGGGAACUUUUCACUUAGCAGCGUUGCGUGUUGUAACGCAACUCUUAAGAUACACUAUCUCUUCAGAAUGGUGGAGUCAGAGGUCAGGGGAUCUUCAGUACCUGACUUGCAAUGAUUCAUGGGGUCAGUACUCUCGUCAAGCCAACCCAAAGAUCAUGAAUUCAUGCUCAGAGGCAGGGGUAGACCAGGUCGUUGAGAAUGUGGAAGAGUCUGUCUGCCUUUUUACACUGCAGAGGUUUCAGACAACCCUCUUUAGCUUAGAUUAAAGUUAUACCGUGAUUGAAUUCUUCCACCUGCAGCCAAAACAAACCCUACAAAUUUCAGUCUUUUUCCUGUUUCAGGCUCUCUAGUUUUGUGGUGAGAUUGGUUGCCAGCAGUGACAGCCCACAGUAUUGGUGGUACAGUGUUGGUGUCAGUAUCAGGAGGUGUUUUGUUUUUUUGCCACUAGGGGGCAGUUAUCAGUACACAUCCUCCCUGCUUUCCCUCUUUUACAGGACAGCCUCCAGGCCACAUUCUGGUUUCUAGACCUGGAGUGAAACCUCCUAUAUCUUUGUGAGGUAUAUUUAUAGAUGAAGUCCAGUCCUUGUCAGGAAACGUGAAUGUAACCUGGGAGACGCCAUAUCUGUCCGUUUGUCUAUCUGUCCUUCUGUCUGUGCCAAUGCUGGCCUCCCCUCCAGCUCCUUCUCUCAGGUCUGGAUAACCAGAGAACAGUCACCAAAUCACCAAUCCAAUCACACGAGGUUGUAGCAAAGCCAAAACCUCCUCUGCCAAAACCCGCUUCAGUAUCCACCAACCUCUCUCUCCUGAUCUGUCUUUUUAUUUGUCUGUCCAUUUGCUUUGACAUCUGUUCUUUCAGCUUGCCAGUGCGUGACACUGAAAACACUAAAGGCAUUACAGGACAGAAACACUUAGGACUAAUAAUUUCAUCCUUAUUGUUAUGAGGGACAACAAUUAUUGAAUAUUCAAUAACUCUAGGACAAGAUGAUAAAGUAUAGAUAAAUAUAGAUGAUAAAGUACAUAUAAAUCUAGAUAUGAUGCAGUAGAUGUAGUUAUAGAUAACAGAGUAUAAUUAGAGUUUCAGAUAUUUAUUUUGCAUACCGUUCAUGCCCAUGACACGGUCGACGAUCUAGCUACUCUUGAGAACUCGCACAGUUUUUUUCUUCGCAAGUCGCAGAAGCCAGAAAACAAACCCCAGUCCACGUGUUUUGACUCUAUGCAGACCUCAUGAGCAUCACCAUCGUAUUAUUUCGGAGGAGAAACUGCAACGCUGUGGUACUGUAAAACGAAUUAACAAAACAGGAACACGCAGAUCCGAGAAAAUGUGAAGAUCGACACCACGUUUGCACACGUCACCUGACAUCACGCCCACAGUGAAGCCCGUUUCUUUCCACGUACCUCUCUCACUGUCUUUUUCCUCCCUCCUCCGUUUUCCCUCGCCAUCUUUCUCUCCUCCCCCGAAAUGUGUUGCCUCCAGACCUGGUAGUUGAGCAUAGUGUAGUGACGAUGGGGACGGUGGUGGGUGGUUGGAGGGCUUGUUUUUGUUGAUUGUUUAGUUGUUUGGCGGGAGUCGCAAACCCGAAACCACUCUGCCCUCACCUCCAAUCAAGAGAGGUUACGGCACGUGGGGACGCUUCCCAAAUACCCCCCCCUACAGAGCCACAGUGCCUUCUGUAUCAGAGUCACAUUCAUCACUCCUCCCCAAUUUCCUCACCCCCAGCCACUCCCGUCUGUCCCCCUCUUAUCCUCUGUAGUAGUUGAGAUCAGCCACACUACGCCUUAAAAGUCAAGUCCCACCGGCUCCCAUGCUAGCACAGAAACAGGGACCACAGUGAGGAAACAGCCAAGAGGCUACACUUGAAGUAGGAAAUUAAUGUCACGCCGUGUAUGUGCUCGAUCACUUGAAAGUCCCAUUCAAACAUACACAGAUUCUCGUAAAUGUUGCCAAAAAACAAAAAAGGAUCCACACAUUUUGAAUCAGACCUUUUAAAGACUCAAACGGUCAUCACCAGAUGACCAGAUGCUGCUAGCAAGUUGGCCCUCUUGGCUUCACCCUCCUGUCAGGUGUGACAUUUCGUGUCCAUCCCAGACUUGUCACGGGUCCAGUUUCAGGCGGUGUAGUGAGAGGUUUACAGAGGUGCAAAGCAGUUCGCUUACUUCUCAGGUCCCUCUAGAGUUAGGUAGCUAGAUAGUUAGACCACGUAGGGAAGAGUCAGCUGCCAAAUGAAAAAGCAGGUCUCGGACUGAGUUAUUGUAUGGUUUUACCUGGCAUGGCGUCAGACGUUGUAAUGUUGACCCCACCUCCCCUUCCUUUCACUAACCUACAUGACACGCUCUGACUCCUCACCUUCACCAUCAGCGGCCUGCCGACGCACCAACACACAACGCCAAGCGUGUUGGCAGACGAGCAGGGAGCACCCACUUCCUCCAUUUUGGUUCCACGAAACCACUCGCUUUGUCCAGAAUUGUAACAGCGAAUCCAAAAUGGCCGACACACAACACUGCCCUUGUGUGAAAGCAUGUUGUGUGUGUGCUUUUGCGAGAACUAAUCCACUUUUUUGGGGAAAAAAAGGAACAUCUUUUUUGUUAGUUUUUGUUUCACGGACUUUUUUGGGCCGAGUCGGGGCGGC